AUGCAAUCAGUAUUGAAGUUCGUAGGACAAGGAGGAGAUCCAGGCCAAUAUAUCAUUUCUGAAAUCAGAAGCUAUAAUAAAAUGAUGUCUGCCUGCUUUGAUGAAUGCAUCACCUCUCUAUAUGAUAAAUCCCUUAAUGAUGAAGAAAAAGGAUGUUUAGAUCGCUGCUACAGAAAGACUGUCCGAACCCAUUCAAAAUUCGUGAAUUCCAUAAACUACGUCAACUUAGAACGUGCAGAAGGAGUCCCUAAUGUUUAA